UUUUACUCUCUGUUUUACUUUAGUAUCGUAACUCUGAGGGCCUCUGCAAGACGAACUCUGACAAUGUCUAAAGAUGAACGAUCCACUGCUGGUCGUCAGCUGCUGUUUUUUGACCUGAGGUCCACCAGCCGGCUGCUGGAGGUCUAUGUGAAGCGCAGUUUGAGUCUGAACGAUGCCAGUGGACUCAGGAAGCAGCGUCUGAAGUCCCGUAAAUGGGUGACCCUAAACGAUGGAGGCAGUCAGGCCAGACGGGCGUCGAGCGACAGUUCCACUCACCGCCUAUCCAUAGAGAAGAUCCUAAAGACCACAGAGUCGGAGAAACCUCCUCAGUCAGACUGGACACUGCCGUCAUCCAAAUCCUACAGUGGAGAUGUGGAGAAGAAAACCAAGAAAAAUCCAGAAACAGCCAGGAAGUCAUUCCUCAGGGCUUUUCUACACUGGUUCUCCAAGAAGGGAUCUGAAACAAGGCCGGAAUGUCCCAAACCUGAAACUUGCUCCUCAGAACUGAAAGUUGAAGAGGCUCCCAAAGCAGUGAAAAAGAAGCACUCCCUCAGAAAGCUCUCGUUCAGGAGAGUGGAGAAGUCUGAGUCUCUGAGAAAACCCGUUCUCACGCCGGAGGACGUGGUCAGACUUCCGCACGGUGUGAGCGUCGAGCCCACCAGCACAUACUUUGAGAAGGUCUCUGAGGAGUUGGAGCGUAUUGUGAAGGAAGUGAAGACGAGUCCAGACAGAGAUGCUGUUGUAGGCCUGAGCACUGCUGCUUUAGAAGAACAAAGUCCUACUCCAGAUGACACUGUUGAGAGGAUUAUCAGUCUGCUGAAGCAACACGGAGACGCCAUGAAUGAGCAGAUUCAGAAGAACAGCAGAAUACGCUCAGUCUUCCAGCAGUUGUCAUACAGUUCCUUCCAGCGGCUUGCUGACCGCUACCUCUCCCAGAUCCCACAGCCGGCGGACCGGGUCCCGCACACCGCCCCGGAGCUGGUCCAGCUUGCAUUCACAUUGGACUUCACUGCUAAAGUGGCCGGCCUGUCCAGCCAGGCUGUGAGCCGCAUCAUGGGCUUCGGGAACCAGUACCUGCAGGACCGAUUUACACAGAUAUGCUCCUCCCACAAACAGGAGUCUGAAGAUGUGGAAGGUCAGUGUUGCAGUGACCCAGAGUAGAAGCUCUCAGGCGAUGAACAUGGAAGAAGUGCUGGUCACUGUUUGGAAUGUUUUGUAAACGUUAUUAAUGGACUCAUAUAGUCCACUAUGGUGUAGAUUGCUGCAGCAGACUGUGAUGGGUUGAGCGUGAGAACGGGGCAGCAGAAAAAGAAGAGCUGCUUCUGUGGUUUCCUGCAGCCUUGUUGCCUUUAGUGGUGUGAAGUUGUGAUUAGUGAGAUGUUUAAAAGUCUCAGUUAUCGCCGGCGAUAAAGAAAUCAUCUGAUACUUUUCUACAAAUGAUUUCCGUGAGAAAUGUGGGUUGUUCUGUAUUUGGAUUUUUUAGAAAUACAUUUCUUUCAUCCCAAAAAGGAUGAAUAAUUUUAAUAUGUCCAUUAACAACAUCUAGUAUCAUAUAUGCAAAAGGAGAACUUAAUUCCAAACAUAUUUUACAGUCACUCCUGUUAUAUGUUAUAACACCAGUGACACUGGUGACCGAGAAAAAAAAACGAGAAUUUUGUAAAUUGUAUAAAUUAUAUAUGACAUUAUUUUGACAAAAUUUUAAUUUUCAUAGUCAUUGUUGUUAACCGCUUAAUCCAGAUAGGGUGCUCAAAUUAAAAAGAAAAUGAUCAAAUUAAAAUGUGUUAAAAUGUCCUGAUAGCACCCAUGACCAAAAGCUCUGUGGCAAAUUAAGUUUUUUAAAUAGAAUACAUAUUUUUAAAUGAAGUAUAACAUUAAUGAUCUAAAGUAAACAUGAAUUUCCAAGUUAAACCUCUUAAAAAUAUUGUUUUAUAUAAAAAAAUUAUUUCUCAAAUGUUGAAAUGAGCCGUUUAUGAAAUGUUCGUGAUGAGCUGUUUUACAUAUGCAUAUUACAUAUUACAUACUAUGAGGCUGGAUAAAAACAGCAAAUUCAGAGAAAUCAUACGGGGAAAGUAUACAUUAAUCUUAGAUCAACUGUGUAAAUGUACAUACUGACUUUUGGAGCUUUGAAUGAUAUUUUAUGCAUCUUUUAUGGAACCUUUGUGACAUGGUUUCCCACUUCAAAUGGAGAAUGACCCAACUAAAGCACUGUUGGACCUGCAUUAGUUUGAUUUGGGGAGGUUCUGUAAUUUACAUGUGAGAUGAAUAUGCAGUGUUGGUAGCUUGUUUAUUAAUAAUUCUGCUGUUAUUGAUCUUC